UGCUACAGCAGGACGCCAAGUGAAAAACCACAAGACUUCUCCUCGGACUGAAACGCAUAAUCUCCGCAGCAAGAUGAUAUAAUUACCGAAAAGGGGAAACACGAGGACAUCCGAAGUUGGUCCAGAGAUGUGCGGGGCCGAGAUUGCGGCGAUAUUACGUGUUCUGCUUUUGUUGUGUCCAAACGUGCCAAUUAUAUUUUGAGACGGUGUUCUCGUCAGGCCCAGGAGGCUGUAAAUUGUUCUAAAAGGAAAAGGACAACAAACAAGGGAAGUGACCAUGGCUGCAACUCCUGGCUUCUUUUCCAAUGGACCAGUUCCAUGGACACUUACCGACACAGAGAUGAACAAUCUUAACCGUGAUCUGGAGCUAGGGACUGUAUUGACACUGUUUUAUUCCAAAAAGUCGCAACGGCCAGAGAGAAGGACAUUUCAAGUGAAGCUUGAGACAAGGCAGAUCAUCUGGACUAGAGGAACGGAUAAAAUAGAGGGAGAAAUUGAUAUCCGAGAGAUAAAGGAGAUCCGUACGGGCCAGAAGUCUCGGGACUUUGAGCGCUAUGUGGAGGAUUCAGCGACCCGACCUGAACAGAGCCACUGUUUUGUCAUUCUAUAUGGAACCGAAUUCCGCCUCAAAUCGCUUAGCCUGGCAGCAACGUCGGACGAAGAGAUGACCAUGUGGGUGAAGGGACUGACCUGGUUGGUGACGGACACGCUGAGGUCUCCCACUCCUCUGCAGAUAGAGAGGUGGCUACGGAAACAGUUUUAUGCAGUGGAUCGUAACAGAGAGGACAAGAUUUCCUGCAAGGAUUUGAAAAGCAUGCUUGUUCAGGUUAACUACAGAGUCCCCAACAUGCGGUUCCUGCGAGAGAAGCUUCCGGAUGGAGAGCUGAGAAAUGGAGAUGUCUCAUAUAGCCAGUUUGCACAACUGUAUCGCAGCCUCAUGUUUGACGCUCAGAAAUCAAUGGAGAUUCCAUUCCUGCAGCGGUUCAUCGAAAGACCGGAGCAGAAGAUUACACUGGAGGAUUUCCAGAACUUUCUUCUUGACUGUCAGAAAGAGCUCUGGGCAGCGGACAACAACAAAGUGCAAGAAUUCAUGUUCCAUUACCUGAAGGACCCACUGAGAGAGAUUGAACAACCUUAUUUCCAUCAAGAUGAAUUCCUUACCUACUUGUUCUCUAAGGAGAACACCAUUUGGGACUCUCAGUUUGAUCAGGUGCGACCUGAGGACAUGAACAACCCGUUGUCCCAUUACUGGAUCUCCUCCUCCCACAAUACCUACCUGACGGGAGACCAGUUUUCCAGCGAGUCAUCACUGGAGGCGUACGCCCGCUGUCUGAGAAUGGGUUGCAGGUGUAUUGAACUGGAUUGCUGGGAUGGGCCAGAUGGAAUGCCUGUCAUCUACCAUGGACACACCCUCACCACCAAAAUAAAGUUCUCUGACGUGUUAAACACCAUCAAGGAGCACGCUUUUGUCACAUCUGAUUACCCCAUCAUACUGUCCAUUGAAGACCACUGCAGUAUUGUCCAGCAGAGAAACAUGGCCACUUUCUUCAAGAAAGUUUUCGGAGAGAUGCUACUGACCAAAGCCGUGGACAUUUCAGCUGAUGGUCUUCCCUCGCCCAAUCAGCUCAAAAGGAAAAUACUCAUCAAGCACAAGAAGUUAGCAGAAGGAAGUGCAUAUGAAGAGGUUUCAACCUCUACCCCGUAUUCUGAGAAUGACAUCAGCAACUCCAUCAAGAAUGGCAUUCUCUUUUUGGAAGACCCCAUUAAUCAUGAGUGGUACCCUCACUUUUUUGUCCUGACCAGCAGCAAGAUCUAUUACUCUGAGGAAACUUCUAGUAACCAGGGCAACGAAGAUGAGGAGGAGCACAGGGAGGUGUGUAAUGGCAUGGACCAGCACGUGACCGAGAAAUGGUUCCAUGGAAAACUGGGAGCCGGGCGUGAUGGGCGUCAGAUUGCUGAAAGGCUGCUCUCAGAGUAUUGCCUAGAGACUGGGGCUCCAGAUGGCUCUUUCCUUGUCCGUGAGAGCGAGACUUUUGUGGGAGAUUACACACUGUCUUUCUGGCGUUCUGGGCGGGUUCAACACUGUCGUAUUCACUCUCGUCAAGAAGCCGGUAGUCCAAAGUUCUACCUGACGGACAACUUGGUGUUCGACACGCUGUUUGCCCUCAUCACCCACUACCAGCAGGUGGCGCUCCGUUGCAAUGAGUUCGAGAUGAAGCUGACUGAGCCUGUGCCGCAAACCAACGCCCACGAGAGCAAAGAGUGGUACCAUGCCAACCUGUCCCGUAGCCAAGCUGAGAACAUGUUGAUGAGGGUACCACGUGAUGGUGCUUUCCUUGUAAGGAAGAGAGCAGAGUUCAGCUCCUAUGCUAUCUCCUUCCGGGCGGAAGGGAAAAUCAAACACUGUCGUGUGCAGCAGGAAGGGCAGACGGUAGUUCUGGGCACUUCAGAGUUUGAUAGCUUGGUGGACCUCAUCAGUUAUUAUGAAAAGCACCCGCUGUAUCGUAAGAUGAGGCUGCGAUAUCCCAUCAAUGAAGAGACACUGGAGAAAAUCGGCACUGCUGAGCCAGAUUAUGGUUCUCUGUAUGAGGGGCGUAAUCCAGGCUUCUACGUUGAAGCCAAUCAGAUGCCCACAUUUAAGUGCACAGUGAAAACCAUGUACGAGUAUAAAGCCCAGCGAGACGAUGAACUGUCCUUCGCUAAGAACGUGAUCAUUCAGAACGUGGAUAAGCAGGAAGGAGGCUGGUGGAAAGGUGACUAUGGCGGAAAGAAGCAGCUCUGGUUCCCUGCAAAUUAUGUGGAGGAGGUCAGCCCCACUGCUGCGGAGCCAGACAGAUCUCAGCUGACAGAGAACAGCCCUCUGGGAGAUCUCCUGAGAGGAAGUGUGGACGUGUCUUCCUGUCAGAUUAUGGUCAGACCUGACGGGAAAGGCAGUAGAAUGCACGUAUUCUCCCUGUUGCCUGCAGCCCGUGCAGGCCAGGUUCUGGACAUAGCUGCCAGCUCUCAGGAGGAGCUGAAAGACUGGGUUGUCAAGAUCCGUGAGGUAGCCAUGACCUCGGAGGCCAAGCUGGAAGAAGGGAAGAUGAUGGAGAGGAGGAAGAAGAUCGCUUUGGAACUUUCUGACCUUGUCGUCUACUGCCGGCCUGUUCCUUUUGAUGAAGACAAGAUCGGCACGGAUCGGGCCUGUUUCCGGGACAUGUCCUCCUUCCCUGAGACCAAAGCUGAGAAAUAUGUCAACCGGAUCAAAGGGAAGAAAUUCCUUCAGUACAACCGCCUCCAGCUGUCUCGUAUUUAUCCCAAAGGACAACGUCUCGACUCCUCCAACUAUGACCCUUUACCCAUGUGGCUUUGCGGCAGCCAGUUAGUGGCCCUCAACUUCCAGACGGCAGACAAACCCAUGCAGAUGAACCAGGCUCUCUUUAUGCUAAACGGGAGGAGUGGUUAUGUGCUACAACCAGCCAUUAUGAGAGACGACAACUUUGAUCCGUUCGAUCGGCAUUCUCUGAGAGGGGUCGAACCAGUCACCCUCCACAUAGAGGUUUUGGGUGCUCGACACUUGCCCAAGCACGGCCGUGGUAUAGUGUGCCCGCUUAUCGAGAUCGAAGUAUGUGGGGCAGAGUAUGACAACAGCAAGCAGAAAACUGACUCUGAAGCGGAUAAUGGUCUGAACCCCACGUGGCCGCGUAAACCUUUCCGCUUCACUGUGUGUAAUCCAGCGUUCGCCUUCCUGCGCUUUGUGGUGUAUGAGAUUGACAUGUUCAGUGACCAGAAUUUCCUCGCUCAAGCCACUUUCCCCAUCAUUGGUCUGAAAACGGGCUACAGGUCUGUCCCUCUGAAGAACAGUUACAAUGAGGAUCUGGAGCUUGCUUCUCUUCUCGUGCACAUGGACAUUGUAAGAGGCAGGCAGCACCUUGAGAAUGGGGAGAUGUUGGGUCCGUUUCAUGCAAGCGGUGCAGUAGGAAUGGCGGGGCAGGUCGGACGGGAUCGUUUAGGGGACUCGGGCUCCGUGUCCUCUACCUCCUCCAUGUCUCCCUUGCCGUCCUCCCCCGGCCAAGCCAUGGGCUACAGAGGCCGUGAGGGCUCCUUUGAGUCACGCUACCAGUCCCCCAUCGAUGACUUCCGGGUGUCCCAGGAGGCCCUGCUGGAACAUGUGGACCCGCAGAACAGAAGGCUGAUGCGCAGGACUAAGGUGGGUGGAGAGAACAGAGUGUAGACGGACAGGCGCGAGGCCAGUUCCAAGGUCCGCCAGUGCUGAUGAUGUCAUGGACUGCUGUGAAACCAGUUUCUAUGGAAACGUCGCCAGCGCUUUGGCCUACAUUUCAGGCAGCUCUCCCUCCACUCUCUCUCUCUCCCCAGAGACUGUGUGAGUGGAAGAGGGAGUGGGUGGAGGGGAAGCCAUCGUACAUGGAAAGUAAAGAGAAACAAACAGCUCAACUGCCAUCAGUAAGAAUGGCCUGAGAGGGAGCAUUUUGUUGUGCAAGACACAAGUGCGGCAGUUUGUAAGGAAAACAAAAAAAAAAAAGGCAGUGGCUAAAGAUGGGGAGAGGGCUGUGUUAUUGGCAUCAGUUUGAAACUGUUUCCAGAUUAAGGGUUCA